AUUUGCAUGCCUCGUAGUGUGCGUGUAUGUGAGCACAAGUGUGUGCAAACUGACUAUAUGUGGACGAUUGAAGCAAACGUCUGACUUCAGGAGCCCAGAAAAGCUGAGGAAUAUUGACUCGUUCAGUGGAAGUGUGAUUGUAUCUGAUAUAAGUGCAGUUUUUCAACGACAAGCUGAGAGAACAGGGUCUGUAAAUACAAAAUUUGUCAACGGACUUUAUCAAGGACUUUAAGAUUAAGAUAACUACAAAAGAGGGGAUAUAUUCGGGAAUCGUAAUAUGAAAAAGGAGCAAGCUGAAACAUUAGGUUUUGUCCCCCAGAAAGAGAUUGUCUACAACAAACUCCUUCCCUAUGCAGAGAAACUAGACGAUGAAUCCAAUUACAUUUUGUCCAGAAUCAAAGGGAACUUGGGUCGCGCUAUUCAACUCAGAGAGUUAUGGCCCGGAGUUUUGUUUUGGACAAGGAAACUCUCAACGUACCUUCGUCUUAAUGGCAGAAAGUUCAGCAAGGAAGACCAUGUGCUCUUCGUUAAGCUCUUGUACGAGCUGGUCACCAUUCCUGAUCUGGAAAUCAGCAUGUUGCAGGGCUUUGCUCGACUACUCGUCAACUUACUCAAAAAAAAAGAACUGCUCUCACAGGAUGACCUUGAGUUACCUUGGAGGCCUUUGUAUGAGCUCUACGAGAAGAUCCUUUAUUCUAAAACUGAACAUCUUGGUCUCAACUGGUUUCCAAAUUAUCAAGCAGAAGCCUCCCCUAAACAAAAAAUACUUAAUUUUGUGCGCAAGCGCUCUGUGGAGAAUGUGCUGAAAACAUUGGUGAAGAGUUGCAGAUUGUACUUUCCUGAGUCAGCCACGCAGGAAAUGUUAGAUGAAUGGCGGCCAUUGCUGUGCCCAUUUGAUGUCACAAUGCAGAAAGCCAUCAGCUACUUUGAGCUUUUUCUCCCCACAAUCAUGCCUCCAGGGAAGCAUGACAAAGGCUUUAGGUUAUGGUUUGAUGAACUGAUGGGUCUCUGGGUUUCAGUACAAAAUCUACCUAGCUGGGAGGGGAAUCUUGUGAACCUCUUUGCCCGGUUGGCCAAUGACAACAUUGGCUAUCUAAACUGGGACCCUUAUAUCCCCAAGAUCUUCACCAGAAUUUUGCGAAGCUUCAACUUGCCUGUAGGCACAAGUCAAAUGGUGGUUCCUAAGUACCUGACUAACUCUUAUGACAUUGGCCAUGUUGUCCUUUGGAUCUCUGCCAUGCUGGGAGGAGGCCAGAACCAGGUCCAGAAGCAGCUCAAUGGCCUCUUUAACAGCAUUGCCUCCUUCUACCACCCCUCUAACAAUGGCCGCUGGCUGGUGAAGCUAAUGAAGCUUUUGCAGCGUUUGCCAGCGAGUGUGGUCCGACGGCUGCACCGCGAGCGCUACAAGAAGCCUUGCUGGAUCACACCAAUACCCUCCAGCCAUUGUCUUACUGAUGACAACAUCACAGAGUUUGUGGAGAGCAUGAAGCAGCCAGUUCUGAUGGCUAUGUUCAGUAAGACGGGCAGCAUGGAUGCAGCCCAAGCACUGCAGAAUCUAGCCCUGAUGAGACCAGAGCUGGUCAUUCCUCCUGUACUGGAAAAGACAUACCCUGCCAUGGAGACCUUAACAGAACCACAUCAGCUGACCGCUACUCUCAGCUGUAUGAUUGGUAUGGCUCGCAGCCUGGUCAGUGGUGGGAGACACUACCCAGAAGGCCCUGUUCAUGUGCUGCCACUGCUAAUGAGGGCCCUUCCUGGCGUGGACCCCAAUGAUUUCAGCAAGUGCAUGAUAACAUUCCAGUUCAUUGCUACCUUUACUACCCUUGUGCCUUUGGUAGACUGCUCUUCUGCCCUUCAUGAGCAGAAUGACUUGACAGAGAUAGAGAGGGAGUUGUGUUCAGCGUCAGCUGAAUUUGAGGACUUUGUCUUGCAGUUUAUGGAUAGGUGUUUUGCAUUGAUUGAGAGCAGUACUUUAGAGCAGACACGAGAAGAGACAGAGACUGAAAAAAUGACUCAUCUGGAGAGCCUAGUGGAGCUCGGUUUGUCCUCCACCUUCAGCACCAUCCUCACUCAGUGCUCCAUAGAAAUAUUCAAGGUUGCUCUUGAGAAAGUCUUUAACUUUGCCACUACCAACAUCUUUGAGACACGUGUGGCAGGUCGAAUGGUAGCAGACAUGUGCAGAGCAGCAGCUAAGUGCCAUCCAGCAGAGUCCUUGAGACUGUUUGUGCCCCACUGCUGCAAUGCUAUAAGUCACAUCACUGCUAAUGAGGAUGUUUUGAAUGAAGAGGAGCUGGAUAAAGAGCUGCUGUGGAACCUUCAGCUGCUUUCUGAGGUGACCCGUGUGGACGGAGGGAAGCUGUUGCCAUACCGUACACAGUUGGUUCAUAUCCUGCAGCUGACCCUGCGGCUGCGCUGUAAACAGGGCUACAGUCUGUCCUGCAAUCUGCUGCAUCACGUCCUGCGCUCCAUGGCCCUUACCUACCCCACAGACUACUGCAGUGUGUCUGGAGGCUUUAACAGACCACUUAACGAGUAUCUUCCCAUUAAGGACUGGGGCCUUCCAGGUGACCUGUGGAACCUACAGAUUCAGUGGCACGUGGCCAGUGCAGAAGAGAAAGCCUUUAUUUUUUAUAUAUUAGACCUUUUUCUCCAGCCAGAGCUGCAACGCCUGCAAAGAUAUGCUCAGGACGAGAAGAACAUGAGCAGGGAUGAUGUUCUACGGAGCCUGUCAAUCGUACAGCACUGCUUGCUUGGGGCUGGCUGCAUGUUGCCACCUCUGAAUGGACCCCCUGUUACUAACCUAAUUAAUAGCAUGGUUAGUCUGGACGAGACAAAAUGCCACGUUGGGGUCGAAUAUGAUGAGUCCAGAGAGAACUACAGAGAUGCUAUCUGUAAAGUCAUGCGACAGCUUCUGCAUUACAUUUUGGAACAAUCAGAGGACGACACAAAGUCCCUCUUUGCCAUCAUCAAGAUCAUCAAUGACCUCAUGCAUUUUAAAGGCUCUCACAAACAUGAGUUUGACUCUCGUUGGAAGAGUUUCACUUUGGUUAAAAAAUCUAUGGAGAACAGACUGCAUGGAAAGAAGCAACACAUACGAGCCCUGCUCAUAGACAGAGUGCUUCUGCAACAUGAGAUGCGUAAACUUCUCGUGGAAGGCUGUCAAUACAAAAGUGUUCAUCAAGAUCUCCUCAGAGACCUUCUGCGUCUGUCCACCAGCACCUACAGUCAAGUCCGCAGUAAGGCCCAGAGUGCUUUGUUCACUGCUUUGGGAACUUAUAACUUCUGCUGUCGAGACAUCACUCCUCAGGUGCUCAAGCUACUAGAGCCAGCAAAGACGGAUGUCACACAGCAGCAGUUCAAGGGUGCUCUGUAUUGUCUGUUGGGGAAUCAUGGAGGUGUUUGUCUGGCUAAUCUACAUGACUGGGAUUGCAUUGCUCUGACAUGGCCAGCCAUGGUGCGCUCAGGUCUCAGUCCUGCCAUGUGCCUGGAGAAACCCUCCAUUGUCAGGCUCUUUGAUGACCUUGGAGAUAAAGUCCAUCGGCAGUACGAGACAAUUGGCAUUAAAUUCAGUGUGCCACAAAGCGCAUUGGAACUUGGCUGCAAGAUCACAGGUUCUGGUAACCCUGUUGCUCACAUAGGCUCUCCAUCAGAAGAGGAGCUGAAACAGGGACUUGCAUUGGAGCAAGUCAGAAAUCAGGAUGCUGUGCGGAGUUAUGAAAAGCUGGUUUAUGAUCUAUUAGAAUGCCUCAGUGCCCGAGACCUGCCAUGGAAGUUUGAGCACAUGGCCAUCGGCUUCCUGUCUCUGCUACUGAGAGAUGACCAUCCUCUUCCUGCCCCAGCCGUACGCUUCUUUGUCCAGAGUCUUAAUCAUGACGGACUUGUCGUGCGCAAGGUGGCAAUAUCAGCUGUGGCAGGAAUUCUCAAGCAGCUGAAGAGACCCCGUGUGAAAGUGGCCAUCACACCCAGUGACAUCAGUGGGGUGAUUGAGCCAAAGGAACUAGUAGCUGGAGACAGGCCAGAAAAUGACUGGCUUCAGUACCAUGCUGAGAGUUUACCUCGCACUCAGCAGGAAUGGGAAAAUUUCCACUUUGUGGAGAAGACACACUGGGGUUACUACUGUUGGCCAAAGAAGUUGAUGUUGUAUGCUCCUCUUGAGCAACAGCUGAAAGACCUCAUACCAGAGGAGAUGAGUGAGAGCCAACGGAUCAUCUAUGACCAUUUCACUAACCCCAUGUUUGUCAGUCAGCUCAUUGAAUACUUGUCACUUGAGGACCGCAAGGGAAAAGACAAAUUCAACCCACGUCGCUUCUGCCUCUUUAAGGGUCUAUUCAGGAACUACAGUGAUGUGUUCCUGCCUGUGCUUAAACCUCACAUGGAGCGCUUGGCUGGUGAUUCUCACGAGAGUACACAAAGGUGUGUCGCUGAGAUCAUUGCAGGCUUAGUGAGAGGCAGCAAACACUGGCGCUUUAGUCAGGUGGAGGCCCUGUGGCAAUUUCUCAUUCCUCUGAUGCGAAGAGCACUGUCCAACAUCACAGUAGAGACCUACACUGACUGGGGCACAUGUGUAGCUACUGCCUGUGAGAGCAGAGACCCACGGAAACUACACUGGCUGCUGGAGAUGCUGAUGGAAUGUCCACUUAGUGGAGAAGGGGGUUCUUUUGUAGAUGCCUGUCAUCUGUAUGUGCUUCAGGGGGGUCUGGCUCAGCAGGAGUGGAGGGUACCAGAGCUGCUACACAGGCUUCUGUCUUAUUUGGAGCCCAAACUCACUCAGGUGUACAAGAAUGUACGAGAACGUAUCGGCAGUGUGCUGACCUACAUUUUCAUGAUUGAUGUCAAUCUGCCAAACACGCUACCCACAAAGUCUCCUCAGAUAGCGGAGUUUACAGACAGGAUCAUGGCUUGCCUAAAACCGCUGCUGGAUGGGGAGGAGGAGAUCCAGAACCAUGUUGUGGAAGAAAAUGGAGUGGGUGAGCAAGACGAAAGAACUCAGGCCAUCAAGCUGCUCAAAACUGUACUGAAGUGGCAGAUGGCCAGCGCUGGUCGCUCUUUUACCACCCCGUUAGUUCAGCAGCUCGAACUCCUGCCUCUGCUUUUUAAGAUUGCUCCUGUAGAGAAUGAUGAUAGCUAUGAUGAACUGAAGAGGGAUGCGAAGACUUGCUUGUCUCUCAUGUCCCAGGGCCUACUCUAUCCAGAGCAGAUUCCUCUGGUACUCAACAUGCUGAAUGAAAUUGCAGGAAGCAGCUCAUGGCAUGCACGCUAUUCUGUGCUCACCUAUCUACAAAUAAUGGUGUUCUACAACCUGUUCACAAUGCUGAGCAAUGACCAAGCAGUUCAAAGUGUGCGUGCACUUGUCAUCAGGCUACUGGAGGAUGAGCAGUUAGAGGUGAGAGAGAUGGCUGCCACUACCCUGAGUGGUUUCCUGCAGUGUAACUUCUUGACCAUGGACAUCUCCAUGCAGACUCAUUUUGAGACUCUAUGCAAAACCAGACUGCCCAAGAAGAGGAAGAGAGACUUGGGCUCUGUUGUGGACACCAUACCUUCAGUUGAUCUAGUGCGGCGCCAUGCAGGAGUGCUGGGUCUCAGUGCCUGUGUUCUGUCCAGCCCAUAUGAUGUGCCCACCUGGAUGCCCCAGUUGCUUAUGGACCUCAGUGCCCACCUCAAUGACACACAACCUAUUGAGAUGACUGUGAAAAAGACUUUGUCCAAUUUUCGCCGGACACACCAUGACAACUGGCUGGAGCACAAACAGCAAUUCACAGAUGACCAGCUAGUGGUGCUCACAGACCUACUAGUGUCACCAUGCUACUACGCCUAGACAGGACCGACUGCCUGUGGAUCCGAUCUCCCACUCAAGCCAUUCUUCAAGCCAUUUAUAACUGGUCUCUUCAGAAGGUGUAUGGACAGUUUUAGAUGUGGAAUUCUUUUAUCUUUUAAUAGGGACUACAUUCACACUGCAGGUAAAAGUCUGAUUUAUUUAAACAUCACUUUUUUUUUCCAAUGACAAUGCUAAUCUUUCUAUGCUUAAUAUUUAUACGCGUGGCAGUGUGACAUCAGUUUGUACAGUCAUGUUACUACUAGGUUAAUCCAACUAGCCUUGAGUCAUCUUUGUAUUCUGCAGGGAUUUUUAAUGCAGGUGUAUCAUCACAGUUUGGACUAUUUUUUUUUUUCACUGAAAAAAGCCACCAUGGCUCCACUGUUGUUUGUUUGUUUUUAAAUACACUUUAUUUUUUGUAUUUGCAAACAGAAAUUAUUUUUAAAGCUGGUAUAGACGCUACAUCGUUAAAACAGCUUCAGUUCAGUCGUUAACAGUUUCCCUUAGCUGGGUCCCUGAUAAAGUGUCAUCAUUUCACGUGUACAUGUCAGCUCAGGAGUAUUGACUGGAACAUGUCAUGUAAACGUUAAAUUUGAAAUCUGCACUUAAGCUUACAGUGUGAAUGUAGUUCACCUCCAAGGAGCAUCCUUUAGACACUUUCUUGAACUAGGCCAAACUAAUUCUAAGAUGGUCACUGAGAGCUCUUGAGAUCACCCAGUGUAUGGUGUGAUGAAAAACAGCAUCGCUGCAUAUCGGACAUACCAUUUUGUAUUACUAUGGUAGGUGAUUGAUGAUUUAAUAGCUCUGGUGGGGAUCUGACUCACAAUUUUUGCAUAACUCGCAGUUCACAUGCCAUGAUUAUUAUUAUUAUUAUUAUUUGUCUUCUGUCUUGUUCUUGUAUUUAUAGGAAUGUUUCAUUUUCAUAUAUAAAAUGUAAUUAUUUUAAACAGAUGUUAAGUCUGCUGGAAGAUAGGUUAUUCUAGAUUAAAAAUAAGCACCAGUCACAAAUGAGUGGAUGUAUGAGCUGAAAGCAUUUGAAGUGCAUGAGCAUGUUGGUUUGUGUGCAUGUUCAUAGUUUAAUUAUGUUAUUUAUGUGGCAUGUGACUGGGUAUCCUCACAGCAUUCAAACCAUCCAAACAGACUUUUUUCCUUGGUUCAUCCUGUACUCAAAGCAAGACUGAUUUAAAAGCAGUAGCUGUGCUCUCACAUGUUUAUUUAGACAACCAUAAAGAUCUUUACAUUAUACAUUUUAAGUCCACUUGAAUGCAGCUCGGAAUGAACCAUGGAUAGGUCUGUCAUUCAUUAUAGAAUGUCCAUACAGGCAACACUGUGUAGCUUAGUGCCAAAACUGCAGUGAGGGUUUUUUUUCUUUAUUUUUUUAGAAAUCCUGUUUGAUUGUUUUACCUAAUAUGCAAAUAAAUAUUUUUAAAUAAAAAAAAA